AGGACAGGAAAGCGGUUCCCCUCCGGCUUAUUCUGCCCCAUUCUGGCAGAAGAAUUGGGGGGGAGCGGAAAAGAGCGCGAGAGCGGUUCCCAAUGAGGAAAGCACUCGCCCGCUGUCAGGCCGGCGCAGAGGUUAGAGAGGAGGCGCGAUGUGAUGACGUAGUUCACUGGGCUGCGAUGGCUGCUCCCUUACAGGCAGCGUGAGCGUGAAGAACCGGAGGUCCAGGUUGCAUCUAGAAAAUUCUCUCCUUAUGAAGUUUAUAGGUGGAAGAUUGCUUUCUGCUCCUGGAGAAAUUUCAUUUAAGAAACAAUGGCGAAUUACAAGCCUGUAAUAGUUCAGACAUUUCCAAAGCUUGGAGAAAAAAUUACAAAGGAUACUUUGUAUUGGAAGAAUUAUAAGACUCCUAUCCAGAUAAAGGAAUUUGGUGCAGUGAAUAAUAUACACUUUUCUCCAGUUCCUCCAUAUAAUUAUGCUGUGACAGCCUCAUCAAGGAUUCACAUAUAUGGGCGAUAUUCACAAGAGCCAAUCAAAACAUUUUCUCGCUUCAAAGAUGUAGCUUAUUGUGCUACCUAUCGAGAGGAUGGGCAGUUGCUUGUUGCUGGCAGUGAAGAGGGCAGUAUUCGGAUCUUUGACAUUGGUGGGAGAGCACCAUUAAGGCAAUUUGAAGGCCACUCCAAAGCAGUACACGUUGUAGGAUUUCUGUCGGAUAAGUACCGAAUAAUGUCUGCAGCAGAUGAUUACACAACACGGGUCUGGGAUGUUUCAACCUCAUCUGAAAUAGCAUGCUACAAAGAGCAUGCAGAUUAUGUAAGAUGUGGCUGUACUAGUAAACUGAAUGCAGAUCUUUUUGUAACAGGUUCCUACGACCAUACAGUGAAAGUAUACGAUACUCCAGACAAAAGCAUUAUGAGGAUAGAACAUGGGCAGCCAGUUGAGAGUGUUAAUCUGUUUCCUUCUGAAGGUCUUCUUGUGACAGCAGGUGGUCGCUACAUUAAAAUCUGGGAUAUCCUUAAAGGAGGCCAGCUAUUAGUGUCCUUGAGAAAUCACCAUAAAACUGUAACCUGUUUGUGUUUGAGUAGUUCUGGUCAAAGGCUGCUCUCAGGCUCCCUAGAUCGGCAUGUGAAGAUUUACAGUACAACUUCCUACAAAGUAGUGCACAGUUUUAACUAUGAAGCAUCAAUUCUCAGUCUUGCAUUAGCACCUGAGGAUGAAGCUUUGGUUGUAGGCAUGACAAAUGGCAUAUUGAAUGUUAAACAUAGGAAGCCUGAAGGAGUAAAAAAGGUUUUGCAUCGGAGAAGGCCUGCCUACCGAACCUUUGUGAAAGGAAAAAAUUACCUACCAAAGCAGGAUGAUUUAUUUGUCAGCAAGCCUGUGAAGAACUAUUUGAAGAAAUAUGACAAGUUCCUGCGAACUUUCCAGGUUUCCAAGGCUCUGGAUGCAGUACUUCAAGGCCCUGCAAAAAAGAAUCCGCCUGAAGUUACAGUUGCUGUCAUGCAAGAAUUAAACCGCAGAGGAACCCUGAAAAAUGCACUUGCUGGGCGGGAUGAAAAGCAGCUCAGUGUCCUCCUUCUUUCUUAAUAAGAAAUGUGACUGAUGCAAGAUAUGCUCCUGUACUGAUAAAUGUUGCAGAACUCAUUAUAGAUAUAUAUAUGCCUGUGAUUGGACAAUCCUCAA